AUCUCGCUGCGCGCGACACACAAGCUGCAUUGCAUACGUAUGCCGAUCGUGCGGGGAAGUACCUGUAGAUCCUCUAGGCUCUACAUCCAGAAAUCUUUUCGAGUAAUUUAGCUAGUCUGAUUCUAAAAAGUUAUUCACCAUGGCAACGGGAGUAACGAUCGCCGCUGGUGCUGUUGGUGCUGGUGUUGGCUUGGUCUUUUUGAAGCGCUGGCUCAGUGGAGGUCGUUGUCAUAGCAACGCUCGGAUGGAUGGAAAGACGGUCAUCAUCACUGGCUGCAAUACAGGAAUCGGCAAAGAAUCUGCCAAGGACCUAGCUAAAAGAGGAGCUAGAGUGAUCAUGGCAUGCAGGAACAUCGAGAAGGCCGAAGAAGCUCGACUGGACGUUGUUAGAGAGUCUGGCAGCUCCAAUGUGCUGGUCAAGAAACUAGACCUGGCGUCCAUGAAGUCCAUCCGCGAAUUUGCAGAGGAUAUUAAAAGAGAGGAGAAACAGCUCAAUGUUCUGCUGAACAAUGCCGGUGUCAUGUUAUGUCCUCAAUGGGAGACUGAGGAUGGUUUUGAGAUGCAGUUUGGGACCAACCACUUGGGCCAUUUCCUCCUGACCCUCCUCCUCCUCGACCUAAUCAAGGCGUCGGCUCCAAGCCGCAUCGUCAAUGUCUCUUCCAAUGCUCAUCGUCGAGGCAACAUGAAUUUGGAUGACGUCAUGAUGAGCAAGAAAUACGAAGCUCUUCAGGCGUAUGGACAGAGCAAGCUUGCAAACGUUAUGUUCACGCGAGAGCUGGCAAGGCGUCUGAAAGGAACGGGUGUGACUUCAUACUCUCUGCACCCAGGGGUCAUAAACACAGAUCUUGGAAGGCACUUUGGGACUUACGCCUCUUGGGCCAAGCCAUUACUUUUCUUCACCAGCCCUUUCCUAAAGACAUCGGAGCAAGGAGCCCAGACCAGCAUCUAUUGCUGUGUGGAUGAGAAGGCAGGACAAGAGACAGGACUCUACUACAUGGAUUGUGCUGCGACCGAACCCAUAGAGAAAGCCAAGGAUGAUGAGGUAGCAAAGAAGCUUUGGGAUCUCAGUCUUAAGCUGGUUGAACUGGAAGAGUAAGGAGCUUCGAGAUCUCCUACUCAUUGGGUGUAUUCUUCUAAAAUUUAAAGGGGGUGUACGUAGCAUGACGAGACUACGUGUCUUUCCCGUGGACUGACUCGGGGGCCAAUCGGGUAUAAUACGACUACAGACGACGCGACCACAGUAUUCACGUGUGUGCAACAUACGUGAAACCGAAGCGUGAGGAUAGAACUUCAGUACCUUUCACGAACACUAACACAUGCUGACCGUUAAUCAAGUCCAUUCGUUUACGUGCAGAUCGAUGUCCAAAAGAAGUCGUAGAUGGCGUUAACGAGUAUUUGCCAUGCUACACCCCCUUUAAAUCUGAUCGGGUUUAACCUUUCGUCCAAAAUCUGGUUCAGCAAAGGAAGGCAGUCCGAGGUCUAAGUUUUCCUUUUGGUAUUAAAACAUUAUCUCAGGCAUAGGAUCUGGUUAUGCUGAAUAAGUAGUAUACAGACCAAAGUGGUAGGAAAAAAGGGAAUGAUCAUUUUCAAUCUCAAAUCGGUAUGAAUAAUUAAAUCAGCUUUAGGAUCACCGACUCAAUUUGCUU